GAGGGACAAGGGUGUGAAGAAAAUGGAUGGAUGAAAUUUGAAUAAUACCAAAUUUGGAAAUCAUUAAUGAAAAUUUUAAAGACAUGUAAUUACUUUAGCAGAUUUAUUUAGCCACAGCCAUUAAAUCAAAUAAUUUCAGGACAGAGAAAUAUAAACUCAACACUUUAAUUAUAUUUUAGUAAAUGAACAUUCUUCUAAAAUUGUUAAAAUAMUACAAUAAUUUUGAUUGUCUUCAAAUUUGUUUUUAAACUCUGCAUUUAUUACUUUAUUGACAAAUUUCCACAAAUAUUGAAACAUUUGCAUGUAUUUUCAACUGCAAUAUAUGGAAUCCCAAUCAUGGAAAUAAUGUUUGCAAUAUUGCAAUUGAAAAUGACUGCUUCUGUAGUAUGUGGUGGGCUAUUAGGACAUUCUGUGUGCCAAUGAUGGAAUAUUAAAUGGACUUAAAAAAAWUKUUUUUAAAUUAUGMUACAGGAAAAUGUUUUCCCGCUUUGGUUAUUUCAGGUGAUAUAAAUGAUCUCACACACAAAUAUUUAUUUGUUGAAUUGUGGUUAACAGAAGGCUUUUAGCUGUGACCUGGAYUCUUGCUGAUGGGUAUCAUGAUGAUCUCUGAGUUGGUUAAUAAAUAGCAGUGUGUUGGGGUGGAUCGCAAAUGGGAAACACGGUGUUGGUCAGAUGACCUCCRUGAAUAUAAACCGCUGCACGUGUCCCAAUUCAUCCACUGUAGGGAAAAACUCCCRGCUGUAACUUCUCCUCUCUGAAGAGCUCUGGAACGUGACGACAGAAAAUUCCCUCCAGCAUUAUGGAACUGUCACUGGCUCACCCGGCUAUCAAAGCCUUUGUGUGUGGCUCCUUCAGUGGGACCUGCUCCACCCUGCUCUUCCAGCCUCUGGACCUGGUCAAGACCCGCCUGCAGACCUCGCAGAGUGGCAUGCAGCCGGGGUCGAGUCGGGUCGGCAUGACGUCUGUGCUCCUCGGUGUGGUGCGGACGGAGCGGCUGCUGGGGCUGUGGAAGGGCAUUUCUCCGUCGUUCGUCCGGACCAUCCCAGGAGUGGGAAUCUACUUCAGCUCCUAUCACUCCCUGAAGCAGCACUUCUUCCAGGACAGCAGGCCGGGAGCGGCGCAGGCCGUGAUGCUGGGAGGCGGGGCCCGGACCGUGGCCGGGGUUGUGAUGUUGCCGAUUACUGUCAUCAAGACGCGAUUCGAGUGCGGCAGGUACAGCUACGUGAGUGUGAGCGGCGCGCUGCGCAGCGUGUGUCGGAGCGAGGGCCCCGCCGCUCUGUUCUCCGGCCUCAUGGCCACCCUGCUCAGAGACGUUCCUUUCUCUGGGAUCUAUGUCAUGUUCUACAGCCAGGCCAAGGCCUCGCUGCCGCAAGAGAUCAGUUCGUCUCCUUCGGCUCCUGUGGCUAACUUCAGCUGUGGGGUUCUGGCCGGUGUUCUGGCCUCUCUGGUCACGCAGCCAGCCGACGUCGUAAAGACGCAUGUCCAGGUGAACCCCCAGCUGAGGACGACGGAGGCCGUCAGAUACAUCUACACGGCUCACGGCCUCGAAGGCUUCUUCAGGGGAGCGGUUCCUCGGUGCCUGAGGAGGACCAUGAUGGCCGCCAUGGCCUGGACCGUGUACGAGCAGAUGAUGGCACACGUCGGACUCAAGUCCUGAAGGAAACACCGAUCAAAAGCUCGUGUUCAAAAGGGAAAAAGGAAGAUGAAGUCAGGAGUGACGAGUACAAAGAGGGCGGCCUCAGACGGGGGUGUUCAGUGACUC